CUGAUGCAGCCGCAGUCCACGCUGUGACUGUCCGUGGGUGAAGGAGAGCCACUGUGAGCCGGUCUGAGCUCAGGCGGGACAGAAAUAGUCCUAAUAGCUCGGGAGUUUUUCCACGCUGUCGAUGACGACAGGUCGGCACGGCUUGACUACAACUUUACACUCAACAUGCAUCGAAUAACGGGCAAAGCGGGAGGAGACAGUCUGAUUGAAAUGAGCCCCACAGAGUCUUUCAACGAUGAUAUAAAUGGCUACCACCAACACGCCUCAUCCAGCUCAGGAUCGCUGCAGCAGGGACAAUCGGCGAUUGACAAACAUCAGCAAAGUAAAGACUCUGUAUUCUUCCGUGAUGGGUUACGUAGGAUAGAUUUUGUCCUGUCCUACGUCGAUGACAAAGACGGCGAGAGAAAACUGGAGAGGAGGAAGUAUUAUGAGGCCAAUUUGGUAAAGGUUGGUCUGGAGCUUGAGACAGAAGAUAAAUCGGAGUCAGAGGAUGGAAAGACUUAUUUUGUGAAGGUCCACGCGCCAUGGGAAGUGUUGGCCACCUACGCAGACGUACUGAAGAUCAAGGUUCCGUUCAAGGUGAACGACAUCCCCGACAACAGCGAGAUGCCCAUGAACUGGCUGUCCACGCCCUUUCGUCUGCCGGAGCAGAUCAUGCAUCCUGAGCCAGACUUUUUCACAGCUCCUUUCAACAAGAGCAAGUCUGACUUCUUCCUCAUCGAUGACAAAGACACAUUCUUUCCACCGUCCACUCGCAACAGGAUAGUCUACUAUAUCCUUUCCCGCUGUUCAUACUUGAGGGAUGAAUGUGCAGAUAAAGACAAGAAGGGAAUCAAGAGGUUACUCAACAACGGCACCUACACUGCUGCCUUUCCCCUGCAUGAUUGUCGAUACUGGACAAAAUCGAGGGAUCCCAACUGUGAAAGUGAGAGAAACAAUCUCUACAAACACUGGGCAGGAUUUAUCUCUUUCUUCAAGGAGCAGCCCCUCAAUCUCAUCAGGAAGUAUUAUGGGGAAAAGAUUGGCAUUUAUUUUGCGUGGCUCGGUUUCUACACGGAGAUGCUGUUGUUUGCUGCAGUUGUGGGGACAAUUUGUUUCAUCUACGGACUCCUCACUUACGACGACAAUGAGUGGAGUAAAGAAAUAUGUAGUGAGGAGAUUGGAGGCCAUAUUGUCAUGUGUCCACUGUGUGACAAGAAAUGUGGCUACUGGAAACUCAACACAACGUGCCACUCCUCAUGGCAAUCACACCUGUUUGACAAUGUGGGAACGGUGUUCUUUGCCAUAUUCAUGGGGAUUUGGGUGACUCUGUUUCUGGAGUUCUGGAAGAGACGGCAGGCCCGACUCGAAUACGAGUGGGAUCUGGUGGACUUUGAGGAGGAGCAACAGCAGCUGCAGCUUCGGCCCGAGUAUGAGACCAAGUGCACCAACCGCAAGAUGAACCGCAUCACGCAGGAAUCAGAGUGGGUUCUUAACAGGACUGCUACAGACAUAAUGGGGAAAUUGUGUCUGUGCUGGGCCACCGUGAUGCUCUGGAUCUCAUUGAUCAUUGCCUGCAUUAUUGGGGUGAUAGCGUACCGCCUGGCAGUGUACGCGGCCUUUGCCAGCAUCAUGAAGGACAGCCCCACCACCAAGGUGCAGGUGGUCGGCGCCUAUAUCACGCCACAGCUGGCCACCUCUGUCACCGCCUCCUGUAUCAACUUUGUCAUCAUCAUGAUCCUCAACCUCAUGUAUGAGAGAGUGGCUGUUUGGAUCACUGACAUGGGUGAGGGCCAGAGUGGGAGAAUGUACCCACACAUCAAUGUGUGCAGUGCUGGUGAAAAUAUGUUGUUCUGUGUAUUUAAAGUCAGAUAG